AUGGGGGAUAGCAAAGCAAACAUUGAUAAUAAAAAGGAAAAUGAUGACGUUACCAUUGAUCCGGUGAUAUGUUAUAAUCUUAGUUAUUUUAAAGAUCUAAUGAAAGAAUAUAGAAAAUUAGAUGAUAACAUAAUGCUACGAUUAAAUUCCACGGAUACGCAUUCACAAGCUGCUUGUGGUGCGUUCUUUCAACAAUUAGCAAAGGCGUAG